AGGGACGCCGUGCGCGUCACGGGGCCGAAAGCCCGAAACCGAGAGAACGCACCAGAAAGCUUACGCAAACCCACCGCCCGCCACCACCACAGCCGCGGCCACGGCACAUCUCUCUCCCCGUUCCCGGCUCCCCGUCCGCCUCCACCAGCAGCCGCCCCCGCCCGUACACACGAACCCGUCACCGUCGUCUAUCCCACGCGCCUCCGCCGCGCGCCCGCGCCGAAACGCCACGCGAGCCCCCCCGCCUCGGCCUCUCUCGUUGCGAACGCCCAUCCUCCUCUUUAACCCCGCCGCGGCGCGGGCUCCCCUUCCAUCCUCCCGGGCCCUCCCCGGCCUUUUCGUCGCUUCAGUUAGAAUGUUAGCUGCCACGGAGGCCUCCUCCCAGCAGUAGGCCCGGACCCCACCCCUCCACCGCCGCCGCCCGCCGAUGCCGGUGAAACGGUCGGGGUCGGUGGCGGCGCUCCCGCCGGCGGCGGGCCGCCGCGCGCGGGCGCGCCUCUGCCUCUGCCUCCGCCUCGCCGCGCCGCUGUCCUUCCUGCUCCUCCUCGUGGCGCUGCUCCGCGCCCAGCUCCUCCUGGGCGUCCCGCCCGCCGCGGGGCCCGCCAAGGUCGCCUUUCUCUUCCUCGUCCGCGCGGGGGUGCCUCUCGACUUCCUCUGGGACGCCUUCUUCCGCAACGGCGAGGAGGGGAGGUUCUCGGUGUACGUGCACUCCGCGCCGGGGUUCCACCUCGACCGCACCACCACGGGAUCGCCGUACUUCUACGGGCGGCAACUUGCGAGGAGCGUCAAGGUGGUGUGGGGCGAAGACACCAUGGUCGUGGCAGAGAAGAUGUUGUUCGCCGCAGCGCUCCAGGAUCCCGCGAACCAGCGCUUUGUUUUGCUCUCUGAUAGCUGUGUUCCUCUCUACAAUUUCAGCUACAUAUAUACUUACUUGAUGGCUUCACCUAAAAGUUUUGUAGACAGUUUUGUUGACAAGACAGAGAAGCGUUAUAAUCAAAACAUGUCUCCUGCCAUUCCAAAGGAUAAAUGGAGGAAAGGAUCUCAGUGGGUAGUAUUGACCAGAAAACAUGUUGAAGUUGUUGUCCGUGACAAGAAUGUAUUACAAGUAUUCAGAAGACAUUGUAAGAUGGUAGUGACCAAGAGGUUGCUUGGACGAAGGCCAAAUGCUAGACGAUUAGGGUUCAAUUUACGGAGAAACCAGAAAGGAGCAGUUCUACAGGAGCAUGAUUGUAUUCCGGAUGAACACUAUGUGCAGACAUUAUUUUCUAUCAAAGGUCUUGAAGAUGAACUGGAGAGAAGAACUUUGACCUAUACCUCAUGGAACCAGUCAUCAAAUCCAAAAGACAAAAUGACUUGGCAUCCUAUGAAAUUUGAGUAUGAUACGUCUAGCCCUGAGCAUAUCAGUGCUAUCAAGAGUAUCAACCAUGUCAACUAUGAAAUGGAGCACAGGACAGAGUGGUGCCAAUGCAAUGGUACCUCCGUUCCAUGUUUUCUAUUUGCCAGAAAGUUCUCAUAUAGUGCGGCCAUGCAUCUGUUGGAGCAAGGAACCAUUGGCCCGCCGAAAUCGGCUCAGCUGCUGGUUAACUUUUAACAAAAUGUUUACACAAUCUUGUACUCACCGUUUUGACGGGUCAGAUACUGUUCAUAAUCGGUACCAGCCUCAUUAGCAGAUAGUAUUUGCAGAUGCAGCUACAGAGAUAUGGAGUAUCAUAGAGUAUUGGCAGUGAUCGGAGUGCGUUUAGACAGUUAGGACUUAAGAGGUUUGAUGUACAGAGCAUUAGUUUUGAAGUUUGUCAGCUCCAUCACUAUGCAAUAUGCAGGAGACAGAUGCAGUGAAGGAAGGGAAUGUUUAGCAACCCUUUCUACUAACGGAACAGGAUAGCUGUAACAAUAGCUUAAAUGCUCUUAUACGUAUUCCUCCCCUUGUAUAAUAAUAAAAAAGGAAUUAGUUUUCUCUUUUUAGUUAUUGUACAAGUUCUUAGACAGUGUAUUGAAACACAUGCAAAAAGAUAUAGUGUCCAUCUGGUUAACUGUUUAGUA